CUUGAGUUGUUCAGAUAAGAGUGGUGUUCAUAUAUAAAUAUAUACAGGUUUUGCUGUAUAUGUGUCUGCUUUACCUAUUGCAUCAGUGGAACCACAACUCAUUUCAACAGGUGUGAAAAUGAAGAAAAACCAAAUGCAAAAAAAAAUAAAUGAAAGACAACCUCUAAAAUGGAUCACAACUAUACUACUGUUUGCUUCAUAUACAGGAUUGGGUAUGACAGAGGGAUUGCUUCCUACAACAUUUCUAGACCUCAGAGACCAGUUAGGUGUUGACACAGCUAAAAUGUCAUUUGCAUUCACAACACGCUAUGCAGGGAUUGGAUUAGGUGGUAUAGCAGCGGGAUGUCUUACAAAUAUGAAGUCAGUGAAUAAGACACUCCUUGUUGGAGCAUACAUGAUGGUUGCCUCUGUGUUAGUGAUUGUGAUGCCAUGGUUACAUAACUUUGCCUUGGUGAUGUUGCUAAUAGGGACAACUGGAAUAUUAAAUGGUACAACAGAUACAGUGCAUAAUGUGUUGAUGAUAUUGACAUGGGGUCAACAGUCCGGACCAUACCUUCAAGGCCUCCAUCUCUCCUACAGUGUUGGGGCAUUCAUUACACAAGCAAUUGCAAUUCCAUUUUUAUCAACAUCUAUAUACAGUGCCCAUAACAAUACAGAAAGUAUGUUUUUUGAUGAAAUGCCUCUGAAAAAUAGUACAAAGCUCAGCAAUGGAAAUCUAAUGAUGAAUGAAUCUAACAAUGCAAACACUUUCAAUGGCACAGCAAAUUGUCCAACAUAUGCAACUAUCAUGACAAAAUCUUACAUCCAGUUUCUAUAUAUGAUCAUUGGAGUAUAUAUUGGAGUCAUGGGAUUAUCUUAUUGUAUAUUAGCAAGAUUUAACAGGAAAAAUAAUUAUACACCAGUAAACAUUGCAGAGGAUGGAAAUGAGGCUACCAAUCAAACUAAUGAUAAACUGCCUCGAUAUUACAAAAUCAAGUUUCUCAUGUUACUUGGAUUGAUAUUCUUUUCAUUUGGAAGCUUGCAAACCACAAUCGGAGGACUUUUAAUACCAUUUGUUGUACAAUGUCUUCAAUGGACAAAACCAAAAGGUUCACUAAUACGAUCAGCUUUUUUGAUUGCGUUUCCUGUGUCUAGUCUUUUAUCCAUUCCAAUAUUUGCAACUAAAUUCAUCAGCGUUACACAGCUUAUUGUAAUGAACGUAACCAUGAUUUUAUCUUCAGGUAUCAUUUUUGCGAUUUUUGUUCAAAAACAUUUUAUUGUGAUCUGGAUAACAAUGUUAAUAUCUGGAAUAGGGCAAGCUGGGCUAUUUGUACCUAUGUUGCUAUGGUACAAAGAAAACAUAAUGUCUGUGACUACAGGGCUCAUACCAAGUAUUCAAAUUUCAACACAAUGUCUAGGGGCCGUCUCAGUACCUUUACUGACUGGAUACCUAAUUGAUAAAGUCCAAGUCAUGUGUUUCCCUUAUGUUAUUAUGACAUUUUCAAUAUUGAUAUCAUCCCUGUCUUGUGUAACAUAUGGGUCUGCAAGACUCUACAAAAAGCGAUGCAAACAAAAAAACAAAAAUGUUACUGAGUUAAUAAAAGUUGAAAUCACUACCUAGCAAAUACCUUACUUUUCUGUAUUCAUCUUACUGUUUGAUGACAUUUACAAGUGAUUUGCAGAUAUCAAUCAAAAUAUUUUGUAUACUUUGACACAAUCUUUAGAAAAUACUUUUGAUAAUGUACUGUACAUAUAAAAUUUAUAGAUGAUUGACAAUAAAAGGUC